UCACGCAUAAAUAAACAGAGGCUGCCUGCAGAGCAGCAUUCACAAGUCAAACUCUGUCUCAUGUCAACGUUUCAUUUCGUCUCCCAGAAGGUCUCCAAAUAUCAGACCUUAUGUAUCAGACCAUCGAGAUAUACAGCUUGGGCUCCUUCCUUGUGGGCACACACCUUUGAGAAGCUCGUCUAUGGGGAUAAUGCGCUGGACUAUGGAGACCCAUGGUCGCUCACCUUCAGCUACAAACAGACAGACAAAUUAUCCAAGAAGGAAAAUAAGAGAGGCUGGAAGGUCUUCUUCCACUGCGCUUAUGGAAAUUUUCAGUGUGCAUCCUGCAGGAGGAUCUGGCCUUCGGUGCGUGUGGUGCUUUUGUUCCGUUAUCGGCUGAGAGGCGGUAAGGGGGCGGUGACCAUGCGGCCUUUUGGACAAGCCUGCCGGCGAUGCCAAGAUGAUCAUUUUCAUCUCCCCGGUUUUUACAAGGAAGAGGUGAAAGAGGCUCUGCUCAGAUUGUUUUCUGAAAUUCGGAAGAACUGCUAUGGAGAGGAGGGUGAGAGUGAAGAAGGUGACUCAGGCGCUACAAGACGGAGGUCCAAACCCCACGAAAAAACCCUGUGUGAGGCCUGUUGUUUUGGCUUGUGCUGUCAGGAUGAUCAGAAUGAUAAGUAGUGUGUGUGUGUGUGUGUGUGUGUGUGUGUGUGUGUGUGUGUGUGUGUGUGUGUGUGUGUGUGUGUGUGUGUGUGUGUGUGUGUGUGUGUGUGUGUGUGCAACAGCGAGGUGUAAAGUGAGUGGCAGUCUGGUUGUUUGCUGUUUCCUUGAGAUCUUUCUUUUCUAGUUUACACACAAAAGCUUCCUUAAUGAACUGGAUUAUUUCAUCAUUAUCUAAGUUAUUGAUAAUAAUAAGGAGUAUGAAAACCUUCAUGAGCAAUAAUAAGAUUUCAUCACUGUUGUGUGUUUAUUUUGGGCUUUGUGCAACCUGAAGGUGUGUCCUGAUUAUUUUCUGGGUUUGUUUGGUGUGAUGUAUUGAGAUAUAAUCCAAAAAUUGCAGUUACUGUACUUUUACUUGAAUUGGUUUAUCAGGAGGGAGGAGGCUGGGGCAGACCCAAGACACGCUGGAGAGAUUAUAUCUCUCGGCUGGCCUGGGAACGCCUUGGUGUUCCCCCGGAUAAGCUGGAGGAGGUGGCUGGGGAGAUCUGGGCUUCUUUGCUUGGGCUGCUGCCACAACCCAGCCCUGGAUAAGCAAAAGAAGAUGGAUGGAUGGAUGGAUGGAUGGAUGGAUGGAUGGAUGGAUGGAUGGAUGGAUGGAUGGAUGGAUGAAUGGAAGGAUGGAUGGAUGGAUGGAUGAAUGGAAGGAUGGAUGGAUGGAUGGAUGGAUGGAUGGAUGGAUGGAUGGAUGAUUUAUCGGUAUUACGUCAUCAUUCCACUCAUCUGAUGCUUUUUUUUUCUCACCACAUUUAUUUGUUACGUUUAGCAGACAAAGGUUUCACAUGAAAAAUGUGAAACAUGUGAUGCUGAUAUAUUAAAACAGGAGUUUUAACGAUGCUGUGAUACUGUUUCACUACUCAUGGGUCAGAAUGACUCAGACGCUUACAAGCAAAUUUCUGAUUGGCCCCAAAUUCUCACAACAUAACAAACUAAUUACAGAUGUGUGCAAACUAUAUGUGUGCAUGUGUACCUACAUUGCAUGCUCAAAAACACAGAGUGGUUACAUCAAAUAGUACUUUGAUCUAGUUUUUUUCCUGUUAGCUGCACUUUGAGUUAAAAUCUAUGCAUAUAAUUCUAUAUUGUAUUACACUGAAGUUAUGAUGUCUAUGGAGAGAUUUUAUUAAAUAAGCAAGUAAAUAAGUUUCGCCUUGUUCAUUUCCCAAAUUGCAAUUGUGGUUAUCACAUCCCACCAAAAUCUGUAGGGGGAAUGUUUGGUAUUCAUUUUGUAACUAAAUAGAUAAAUGUGCACAUGCUAUAAAGGCUGAAGAUUUGACUGUCUGAUCAUAUAUCUCAAUAUCAAAACUGAAGUUGAAAUUUCAUUUUAUGCUCUUAUAUUAAACUCUUCAUACACUU